AAAGAUAAAAUAUAAUGAUCACAAUAAACUCGUUUGAAAAUUCCUCUCUACUAAAAUAACAUACAAAUAAUUCCUUACAUUUCUUUUGAUAUAAUCAUCUUGAUAAUAUAAUCCAUCACGACACGUGCAGCUGAUAACGCCCUCCCUCCUCCACGUGUGAUACAGGGGAUGUUCAUAGUGUCCCUGCCGUAUGCUGUGCUGCACGGAGGCUACUGGGCCAUUGUGGCCAUGGUGGGCAUCGCCUACAUCUGCUGCUAUACGGGCAAGAUCCUGGUGGACUGUCUUUAUGAACUCAACGAGGAGGGUCAGCUGAUCCGUGUCCGUUCCUCAUACAAAGGCAUCGCCAGAGAAGUGUUCGGCCAGAAGUGGGGCGGCAAGAUUGUCAACUCAGCCCAGCUGAUCGAGCUGCUGAUGACGUGCAUCCUGUACGUGGUGCUGUGUGGAGACCUCAUGAUCGGCAGCUUCCCCGACGGCCCCAUCGACGCUCGUUCCUGGAUGAUGGUGUGCGGGGUCGUCCUCCUGCCGUGCGGCUUCCUCAAGAAUUUGCACCACGUCUCCACACUCUCCUUCUGGUGUAUGGUCGCCCAUCUGGCCAUUAACAUCAUUAUCUUCGCUUACUGCAUCAGCAACGCCUCCACCUGGGCCUGGUCGAAGGUCAUGUUCCGUAUAGAUCUCCUGGAGUUCCCAAUCGCCUUGGGGAUCAUCGUCUUCAGCUACACGUCACACAUCUUCUUGCCGACGUUAGAGUACAACCUUAUCGACCGAUCCAAGUUUACCUGCAUGUUGAAUUGGAGUCACGUCACAGCUGCCAUCUUCAAGGCGAUGUUUGGCUAUGUGGGAUUCCUGACCUGGGCUGAGGAUACAGAGGAGGUCAUCACCAACAACCUCCCGAAUCCAACCUUCAAAGGCUUCGUUAACCUCAUCCUUGUGGUAAAGGCCAUGCUGUCCUACCCGCUUCCCUACUACGCCGCCGUUGAGAUCAUUGAGGUGACGUUCUUCAGGGGACGGCCUAAAACGAUGUUCCCUUCCGUGUGGGCACUAGACGGGGAGCUCAAGGUGUGGGCCCUGGCCGUCAGGGUCCUGGUGGUAGUCUUCACAAUCCUCAUGGCCAUCUCCAUCCCCCACUUCGCUAUCCUGAUGGGCCUGAUCGGUUCCUUCACAGGCACCAUGUUGUCCUUCAUCUGGCCUUGUUACUUUCACCUGAAGAUCAAGGCUGGCAAGUUGGAGUGGGGAGACAUCGCCUACGACUACUUUGUAAUCUUCCUGGGCUUUCUCUUCGGUAUAAUCGGUAUCACCACCUCCUUUUAUGCCCUGGUGGAGGCCUUCCAAAUUGGUCUGCCUUUCUAAUAUUCGCCAGCGAGGAUCGAGUUCAACAUAAUUCAAGUAUGCAAGAUGUUCCAGGAGUCUUGUUUGGUAAAGAGGCACUUGCACUGUGCUGUAAAUCCGUAUUGGUAUUUAUAAUGGUAUCAAGUGAGGAACAAUAUUCGAAAUAUUGGAAUUUACUAGUAAUAGUUUACGCAGCAAUAAUCAACCAAACAGCCGUGCUUCAACAGUGGCCAAGAGACCUUCACCAGCUAGUGGCGGUCCAUCAUGUGAAGGAUGCGCGCGCGUCAGCACCAUCUUCAGCCCCCGUGUCAGCAGCGUCGCCUCCUUAUCCAGGAGAACGUCAGCCUGGCCUUGGGACCACCAGAACCUACAGUCAUCACCUGACUCCUGCCGUCAGGUUUACCGUGUCUUCCAGGGACUUGUUCCCACGUUCUCAGAGUUUACCUGAAGGUAACCAAGUCUUCCAGUUACAGUGAUUAAGGUUGACACAUGUGUCGACGAUAUUAGUGUAGGACACAAGUGUGUCAAAGAUACGAGUGUAGGACACCGCUGUCAAAAAUACAAGUGUAGAACACUGCUGUUUAAAAAAAAGUAUGUAAAGAGUUCAGUUGUAGGACCCGCGUGAGUCAACAACUUGGUGUUAAGGGCUGUAGCGCCAUCAACAAGACGGGGCAGGGCUGUGCUGGCGUGAAAGUCGUUCUUGGUGUGGCGGCGAGCGACGCGGCAGACCUGUGUGCCUCUGCUGCGUGGGUCGCGGCGUGGAUACCUUCCCUGUGCUGCCCUCCCUGGCAACUCCUCCAUCAUGUUUUUGGUAGAAAGUAAACGAAUAAAAAUAGACUCUGAAUGUUGUGGCAAAUGAUGAUGAUGGUGAAUGUUAGCAGCUUCCCUGUACUGUUCCCGCCCACUGUGUGUGGGCUGUGAAGCGCCAAGAUCGUCCGCCACGCCCCACGCCCGCCACCGCCAGCAACACCAGGAAGAACCUCAUUUGUGGCGUCAAAGGUCCCAGAUGCCGUGAUAAGUAUGAAAAUAAUGUCUUCCAUUUUUCAGUGUGAUGUCUCCAGUGCAUGUCAGUAGGAGAUGUGUGAGUCACAGUCUGUGUCGGGGCUGGUGACUCCGUGGUCUCGCUCCUUUUCACUUAAAUAACCACUUUUAAAUCCCAUGAUCUAUAAGGUAAUUUUGUAACAUAACUUAUUUUACAUCUCUAGGAACAUGUAUUCCUUAUAGAAGAUACAUUAACUUCUCGUGAUUUGUUAGAUCAACAAAGAAACUUUACGGUAGUUCCAUCCUUCCCUCACACGCAGUUCGGAUCUACACCUGUUUACACACAUGACCACAUGAUCAUAAUUGUUACUUUUAUCCACGUAAUCUAACAAAACUUUCACAAACACGCUAAAAUUCCCUGACACGUCAUAACACAAAUUCCCUGACACAUCACAACACAUACCUAAUCGAUCGUCACUACAAGCAUAACCCACCAACACAUACAAACUCCCACACCCUUACCAUCACUGACUCCAGACAUCUCUCCCAGCCUGUCUUCACUCCCACGACCAAUAAACUGUGGCUACAUGCUCAGUAUUUAUUCCUCUCAAGUAGUGGCUAAUGUACAGUCUACUUGGUCAGUGUUUCGUAAUUUCUAUAAUGUUUUAGCUCACUUAUCUGAAAACUAAAUAUAUAUUUCCUACUGCAGAGGUCAAAUUACAUUGAAUAUAUCACUUUCGGUACAAAAAUGCCAUAUUAUAUAUAAAUAUUGUGAUACGUUUUUAAUGAAAGUUACAGAAUCCAAAUACAUAUCCUAAGUUGCCAUCUUUUUAUGUUUGUUUUUUUGUGAAUUAGACUUUCAAUAUUUCACCAGAUGCAAAUGUUAGGCAAUUCUUUGGUGACUUUUAAGAAAAAAUAUCGUGGAUGGAGAAGAGAGACGCAGGCAAGAUGGUGGAGAAGGAAGGGAUAGCGACAGUACACUUGAUCCGCCACCUUUAAGACAUUGGUGGCUAGAGCCUCACAUGUUGUGCUGUGACGUCACUGCCUUCUUAUGACGUCACUAUCCACUCCUUAUGACAUCACUAUCCACUCCUUAUGACAUCACUAUCCACUCCUUAUGACAUCACUACCCACUCAUGGCGUCAUCUCCAAACCAAUCACCAUCCUCGAAACAGGAACACUCACAUCACCUUCCUGGAAAACCAUGACACUUAAAUCAACUAACCAACCACAGCGGCAGACACAACAAGGGGCCCUGUAACGCAGGACAACCAUGAAUAUUCUCUCUUUUCCUUUCUAAUGAAAUUUUCCCUUUUCACUUUCUAUAAAUAAGUAUUUAUCUCUGCAGGUAUUUUCUUAUUCUUUUCCCUACCUGCUUUCAUUUUGUCCUCUUUUUACAUAUUUUCUGAUGCCCGUUCUAAGUGAAGAUGAAUUUGUCCUUUCUCUAAAUACUUCCCUAAGUCUUUCUAAGUGAAGGUAAUUUUUUCCUCUGUACUUUUCUUUUGUAAGUUGCUUGCUUUUUCUGUAUUUGUCCUGUCAAAUGAAAGUAGUUUUUAAUUUUUUUCCAUAUACACAUCGAUACAGUACUUACAUUUCAUAAUUUGAAAGUAUUUUUACGUUAGGUACUGUAGCCUACUUUCAUUUCACUGAAUAUUUUCCCCAUCAGUUACUUUCUUCUUCCCUUUAAGUACUUUCUCCUCUUCUUUCUCAGUUAAAAUAUUCUUCCUCACGUGUAGUCUUUUGUUUCCUUUUAAGUUAGAGUAGUGAGGAAACCCGGUAACAGUAGGGAGGUAUUGACUCACUGCGGGUGAGGGGGAGGGGAGAGAGGGGAAGAGGACGUGGGAAGCGGAGG